GCGCCGCGCGCGGGCCCGGCCCGGGGCAGGGCGGCCAUGGGCGCCAAGCAGAGCGGCCCGGCCGCUGCUAACGGCCGCACCCGCGCCUACUCGGGCUCGGAUCUACCUUCCAGCAGCAGCGGAGGGACCAAUGGGACCGCGGGCGGCGGCGGCACCGGGGCGCGGGCCGCGGCCGCGGGGAGGUUUCCGGCUCAGGUGCCCGGCGCGCACCAGCCCAGCGCCUCCGGCGGCGCCGCGGCGGCCUCGGCGGCCCCGCGCAGUCGCUCCCUCGGCGGGGCCGUGGGGAGCGUGGCGUCGGCGGCCCGCGCGGCGCAGUCCUCCUUCAGCAUCCCCAACAGCAGCAGCGGCCCGUACGGCUCGCAGGACUCGGUGCACAGCAGCCCCGAGGACGGCGGCGGCAGCAGAGACCGGCCGGCGGGCGGGGGCUCCGGCGGGCCGCGCCUGGUGAUCGGCUCCUUACCAGCUCACCUCUCGCCGCACAUGUUUGGAGGAUUUAAGUGCCCCGUAUGCUCAAAAUUUGUACCUUCAGAUGAAAUGGAUUUGCAUCUUGUGAUGUGUUUAACAAAGCCAAGAAUAACCUAUAAUGAGGAUGUACUGAGUAAAGAUGCUGGGGAAUGUGCAAUAUGCCUUGAAGAAUUGCAGCAGGGAGAUACUAUAGCACGACUGCCUUGUCUAUGCAUAUAUCAUAAAGGCUGCAUAGAUGAAUGGUUUGAAGUAAAUAGAUCUUGCCCUGAGCACCCUUCAGAUUAAGCAUCAACUUCCUGUUUUAUAGGUUUUCUUGUCUUUCCAAGAUGCUUGAAAAACUGAGAGGAUAUGAGGAUCUGUCUUUGGAAAAAGAAAAACAAAACUGCAGGCAUAUUCAGCCUUCAUCUGAGUUCUGUGAGACUUGGUAAUGCAGAGAUGGACAAUCAAUCAUACAGGGGGAUAACCCUGCUGAAGAGAGGACAGUUGCCACAGAACUCAGUGUACCAAACAUGCAUAUAAAGGACACACAGGGAUUUUGAAAAUGCUGCACAUCCCUUAAUAGUCAUCUACAUAGGUAACACUGAUAAACAUUUUGUAUUCAGACGCCAAAGUUAACUGAUUUAGAAGUUGAUUUUAUUAAGUUCUGUAGAGCCGCGCAACUAGUUGUGUUUUGACUUGUUUUUUAGUUGGGGGUCACUUUAUUUUCCCCAAGAUGAUGUUUCUGCAUUCAUCUAUUCUUAAACUGAAGACCACAUAACGUACUUCUUAUAAAUUAAAGUCUUAAAUGUGAAACCAAGAAAUGUAAUCAAGCAGUAAAACAUUGUCUGAAUGUAGACCAUGAUCUCAAGUUCUUCAAUUUUUUUUCCCCCCAAGAGUGGAAAAUAGACUUCUACAUAGGAGAGCUAAAGUAUGUUAAUAUUUGAAAUGAAAGGUGUAGCAGUACCAGAAUGCAGUCCAAAGAGUAAAUCAAGUUACAUAAUUGCAUUUUAAUGAACUAAAUUGAAUUGCGAUUUAUUAAAUGUAUUUUUCCUCUUAAGUAAAACUGCUCAAUAAUCAGUAAUGAAUCAUCUUGCAGCUAUGCAACUUUAAAAAAAAAAAUACAAAUUACCAAUUUUAAGUGCUGCCAGCUAUAAUAACUUUGUUUUAACGGGUAUUUUUAUUUGUUCUUUUCAUGUAAUUAUUUUAUUGUGCUUUGCAUCUCCAGACAGUUUUCCCACAUUUGGGUAGAAUGUUUAGCAGGUUGUAAACUUAGUAACUUAUGAAAAGGGUAAAAUAUAAUUUUCUUGAAUGGCACUUGGAAUAAUUUGAGGGACAUUUUAUAUACUUUUAAAAAUCAAUUUAAUUGGGAUGCCAGAUUUAUAGCAAUUUGCAUCUUUAAUUUUCCAGAUAAUCUGGAGGUUAGUGUUUGAUAAAUGAUUUUUUAAAGCAAAUAUGAAGAUUUUGUUAAUUUAUAAUUUAUUAAUGUGUUAUUACUGUAAUUGAAAAUGUUAUAGAGACUUUUAAAUUCAGUCUUGUGUAGAAGGAAAUGUAUUAAGCAAAAUUAUGUGAAUAAAUAUUCCCACAAAAUACAUUUGAAUGGUUAAAAAAUACUGGAAGAGAGCAAUCAGGGCUACAAUAGUGAAUGUCUUUUUUUUUUUUAAUAUAAAAAGAUACCAAUAAGUAGAUUUCAUAUUUUCAUCAUAUAGGGAAAAUGUUAUCAGUGAACAUUUAAGCAGUGCACUUUACUUGGUAUAAUUGAAAGUUGCACAGUACUGUUUCCUUAUUUUAAACUGUAUUUAAGUAUUUGCUUUUCUAUUUAAUGCUGCUACUCUUAUUCUCAAAUUUUUUCCCUAUUUCUGCUUCUGUUUCAUAUUUUUUGAAAGGGCAUGUACAGGAGCAACUGCUGCUACCCAGAAAAAUUGGUGUUUUAGAAGCAAUUAAAAGAAUUUUUCAUUGCUUUUUGUGUGA